AUGACGAUAGCUGGCUUUUUCGCCAUUGCUGUCUACAACGUCAUUGAGAUCAACGUUAUGAUCUUCAGCACCUUCAAGCGACGUACGGGACUCUAUUUCUGGAGCCUUCUGAUUGCUUCUUGGGGAAUUCCUGUUCAUGCCACGGGGUUCCUGUUGAAGUUCUUUCACCUUUGCGGCAAUGACUACGUCAGUGCAACCCUUGUAAUCAUUGGCUGGUACUCGAUGGUCACGGGGCAGUCCAUGGUGCUCUACUCUCGACUUCACCUCAUCGUCGAAAAAAGGAGAAUCCGAUGGGUCUUGGUAAUGAUCAUCGUCGACUUUUUCCUCUUCCAUGUUCCAACCACGGUUCUUUUCUAUGGUUCCAACUCUUCGAAACCUGACCUUUUCUCUUCCGCGUAUGAGAUUUACGAAAAGAUCCAGAUCACCGCAUUCUCAUUGCAAGAGUUCAUCAUCUCCGCCAUGUACAUUUGGGAAGCGAGGAAGAUGCUUCACUCGAUAGGAAAUAUUAAGAAAGAGGAGGCCCGCAGCGUCAUGCUUCAUCUCAUUCUCGUUAAUAUCUUGAUGAUUCUUAUGGACAUUACUCUCCUGGGCACGGAAUAUGCCAACGAAUACUCGAUCGAGACGACGUACAAGAGUACUUUGUACAGCAUCAAAUUGAAGCUCGAGUUCGCUAUCCUGAAUCGACUUCGUGCUCUUGUCAAAUCACAACAUCAAAGUUACGUCUUCGAUUCCGAGUAUCCAGGAGCAAACAUCUAUGCUUCGGAAGAAUUCGGUGGCCACGGAAUUGGGGCUGGAUCUCUCCCAUCCUGCGGAUCGGAGAAACAGCUGAGCUAG